AUGUCCAAACAAGGCCGAAAGAAACCGAGGAUUAUGCAGAGAAAAAAUCUCAAACUGGAAGCCGACUCAUCAGGUAAAUUGGCGAAAAACCUCUUGAAGAUUUAGGAUUUUCUCAGCGAUUUUCGUAUUCAUAGAUGCUUUAACGUGUCUAAUAUGAGUGUCUUUCAGAAUCACAUCCGAUUCCGGACGUUGACGAGGAGCUGAAGAAGAAUCUCAUUGUUCACGCCGGAAUUGCCCACAAAGCCCCCGAAUCGAUCAUUCUGAAGCUCCCCAUCGAGCGAGAAGUGGAAUUAGUGCCUGGUGAGGAUCUUUGAGACAUUUGGGAGAGUUUAGAAUGAUUAUUUUGCAAUUUGGCUGGUUUCGAACUUUCGUGGCGGGACCAAAAUUUGAUGGUAUUGAUGGAUAAAAUAAGGUCCGAGGAGUGGUUGGAAAAGCUGUAGAAGGUCUUCCGGGAAAUUUUAAUUUGGUCCAGAAGCUGCUGGAAGGUUCUUGAACGGUUAUUUUUCGAUUUUGAGGAAGUUCAAGUUUUCGUGGCGGGACCAAAAUUUGAUGCUAUUGAUGGAUAAAAUAAGGUCAGAGGAGUGGUUGGAAAAGCUGUAAAAGGCCUUCCGGGAAAUUUUAAUUUGGUCCAGAAGCUGCUGGAAGGUUCUUGAACGGUUAUUUUUCGAUUUUGAGGAAGUUCAAGUUUUCGUGGCGGGACCAAAGUUGAUGAUUUUUAUUGGACAGAUACGUUAAGAUAAUGGCUGGAGAAGGUCAGAGAAGAGUUGUGGAUGCUUUCUAUUCGAUUAUUUUUGCUUUUGGAUUAGUUUGAAUGAUGUCUCAUGUUUUCGUGGUGGGACUCAGAAUUAUAAAAAAGUUGUCCCAAAUCCCAAAAAUUAUAUAUCUGAAUUACUUGCUAGAGCCUGAAAGAUUACAGUAAAAUGUUUUUUGCCGAUUUUUAAAUUGUUUCGAAUCCUAAUCGACCAUUUUUUCAGAAGAAUCGACCGAAAUGGAAUGUUACCCUUGCCCCUUUUGCAACAAGCUCUACCUCACCUGCAGCGGGCUGGAGAAGCACGGCCUCGACGAACACAAUGGCCGUAUGCCCGAGAUUAUGAUUUUGAUCCAGCGGAUACAGAGAAUUUGGGCCUAUUUUAAUCAAACUCCCGGUUCUCGGGCUCGGAUUCUGGACAAAAAAGAGAUCUCAAGCAUUCCUCGAAAUGACAAGAAAUUGGAAGAGAAUGAAGAGGAUAUGUGUAGAAAAUGUGGACUCAUGUUGGAUACGACAAGGCCAUUGGCGGUUAGAAGGCAUCAGAAAAUUCAUGAAGCGAACGAAAAGUUCAGGGAAAAAAUGGAAACUAAAUACGGAAAAAUGGUGAGAAAUGGAGAGAUUUGGGAAGGAGAAGAUGUAAUGGAGUUUGGAGGAAAUUUUGGGGGAGGUUGAGUAGCUUUGACUACCUUUCCUGGCGAAAAUUUUGAGAUUUUUUUCGAUUUUUUGGGAUUUUUUUUUUAUUUUUCGAAAUUUUUUGGGUAUAGGUAACAUGCCUGGCGUUUCUGAUAUGUAAAAUGAAAGAGUACGCUAUGAAAAAGAUAUGGAAGGCUUUUGAGACCCUGGCGUACUCGAUUUUUUGGUCAAAUUGACUAAAAUUUACAUGACCUUUGACAUAAAACAAGGUGAAGAUAAAAGUCCUCAAAACAAAGAAAUUUGCCUAUGUUGAGACAAAUUGAUCACAGUGGUGCAAAGAAGAAGCCAUGAGAAUAAUUUUGACAUUUAGUACACCAGCCAACAGACCUGCGAACUAUGUGAUUUGACCUUCACAAGCAAGGCCAUCCUGUUUUAUCAUGAACAGCUUUCUCACCCCGAAAACAAACCCGAAGCAUACAAAUGCGAUGUCUGUGACACAAUAUACGAAUCAAAGGAGGUCCUGGAUGGACACCUGUCAAUUGUUCAUACAGUAACCGCACCAAUUUUGAGAUUUGGAAUAAUUUUGGUUAGUCAUGGAGAUAUGGCAUGCACAAUGUAAGAAAAGGGGAAGAAUAUGGAAGGUUUACGGACGUCUUUGGAUUAUAUAGUAGUUACUUAUCUAGAUAUUUAAUUUUGAGUGUUUCUGGAAUUGUUUGGAAUUUUUUUUGGGUUACUGUAACAUUAUUUUUUUAAAUCUGUGUUACAGUAAUCCAAGUAACAAAAAUUGAUGGAGAUUGUCAUGAUGAGUCUGUGAAUUGUAUGGAUUUUUUUAUUCGAGUUGUGUUUUGGGUUACUGUAGCGUUUUCAAAAAUUUUUGUUACAGUAACCCAAUUUUUUCGUUUUUUUUCUAAAAUUUUGAUUGAAAAUGAAGAAUUAGGUCCUCGUGGACCCUUUAUGAAAAGUAGUAAGUUUAUUUUUACAAGUUUUUAUGUUAAAAUUUAGGUUUGAAGUUUUUUAGCCAUCAAGUUUUAUUCCACUUGAUUACAGCAACCAAUGCACGGAAUGUGGCGCGAUCUUCGAGAAACUCCGCUCAGUCCACGAACACGUAAGAAAAAUUCAUGGCUUGACGACGCCCUUCGAUGGGCAAUUACAUCAGAAUGAUCGGGAUAUUCGAUUAUCAUGCACUUUGGUUGAUGGUUCUCUGCAAACAACUGCUCUAUGCUGCUCGCAACGCCUCACGUUGGCUGAAUUAUCUAGUCAUAAUCGAGAUCGCCACAAGAAAUCUCUGUAA